ACCCUCAAGCAGCGAAAACCUAGUCGUCCCGUCACCGUAACCAAUUCGAAUUCCAAUUUAACGAGAAAUAAAAUAAGCGUUAGAUGAUCGAUGGCGUUCUACAGAUCUCUAAGAAAGCUUGCUGAAACCAAUCCCCUUAAAAAGUCCAGACCAUUCUUCACCGCCGCCGCAGCUUCCGGCGGAACCGUUUCUCCGAUCGCACCGUCGUUUUCGCCGCUGAUCCCACAGUUCACGAACCGGUUGUCUCCGCUUUCGAAAUGGUUCGUACCUCUCCACGGACCUCUGUUCCUGUCUCCUCCUCCUUGGAAACUGCUCCAGUCCGCGACGCCUCUUCACUGGCGAGGAAACGGCGCCGUUUUGAGGGAGGUGGAGGCUCUGAGUGUUAGAUUGGAUCGGAUUAGGAGAAGAACGAGGUUAGGGUUACAGUCUGUGACACAACACGUGGAUGAUAAUUAUUUGGCUAAGGAGGAAGAUGGAAGCAGAGGAGGAGGGAUAAUGGAGAGUUUUGUGAAUGUGCCGAAUAUGAUAUCUAUGGCACGAUUAGCAUCUGGUCCUGUGCUUUGGUGGAUGAUAUUGAAUGAGAUGUAUACUCCUGCUUUCGUAGGGUUGGCUGUUUCUGGAGCUAGUGAUUGGUUAGAUGGUUACAUGGCUAGGAGAAUGAAGAUUGAUUCUGUGGUUGGCUCUUACCUUGAUCCUCUUGCUGACAAGGUUCUUAUUGGAUGUGUUGCAUUAGCAAUGGUGCAGAAGGAUCUUCUUCAUCCUGGGCUGGUUGGAAUCGUGGUGUUCCGUGAUGUUGCACUGGUCGGCGGAGCGGUAUAUCUAAGGGCAUUAAACUUAGACUGGAAGUGGAAAAAAUGGAGUGAUUUCUUCAACCUCGAUGGUGCAAGCCCCCAGAAAGUAAAACCAUUAUUCAUAAGCAAGGUGAAUACAGUUUUCCAAUUGGCUCUAGUCGCUGGUGCACUCCUUCAACCUGAAUUUGGGAAUCCAGAUACACAGACAUGGAUCAAUUAUCUAAGCUGGUUAGUUGCUUCGACGACUAUGGCUUCAACAGCAGCUUAUGGAGCGCAGUACAUGAAGAACAAACCUAUCUCCAUGAUUAAGAGAUCAUAGUAACAUUGACUUACUUAACACACUGGCCGCACACCGGAAAGGCCUGAACGACUCUUACUGUUUCCAGAAAUCUGCAGCUACUUUUCAAUUUAAAAAAAAGGAAUGUGCGGUUAACAAAUGAAGCCUGUGAAUGAGAAACGAUGUCUUUGUCUUUUUGUUGUAAAAAGAGUUGGGCUAUUGGUUUCUUUUCUUUUUGUUCUUCCUA